UCUAAUUUUUCUUCUCUAACUUUCGCAUAUUCGAAAACCAAAAGCAUGGGUCAGGGAACACCGGGCGGUCUGAACCGGCAGGGUCUUCCGGGGGACCGGAAGCCGGACGGCGGCGACAAGAAGGAGAAGAAGUUCGAGCCGGCGGCGCCGCCGGCCCGCGUGGGCCGUAAGCAGCGUAAGCAGAAGGGCCCGGAGGCGGCGGCGCGGCUGCCGACGGUGACGCCGCUGUCGAAGUGCAAGCUAAGGCUGCUGAAGCUGGAGCGCAUAAAGGACUACCUCUUGAUGGAGGAGGAGUUCGUGGCGAACCAGGAGAGGCUGAAGCCGCAGGAGGAGAAGGCCGAGGAAGACAGAUCCAAGGUCGAUGAUCUCCGAGGUUCUCCUAUGAGCGUUGGUAACCUAGAGGAACUCAUUGACGAGAGUCAUGCCAUAGUUUCGUCCUCGGUGGGGCCCGAGUACUAUGUUGGUAUCUUGUCUUUCGUCGAUAAGGAUCAGCUCGAGCCUGGAUGCGCUAUUUUGAUGCAUAACAAGGUUCUCUCUGUUGUUGGGCUUCUUCAAGAUGAAGUUGAUCCAAUGGUCUCUGUUAUGAAGGUUGAAAAGGCACCUUUGGAAUCAUAUGCUGAUAUUGGUGGUUUAGAUGCUCAGAUACAGGAAAUUAAAGAAGCAGUCGAACUUCCCCUGACGCAUCCUGAACUGUAUGAAGACAUUGGUAUCAAGCCUCCUAAGGGAGUCAUUUUAUACGGCGAACCUGGAACUGGGAAGACGUUGCUAGCUAAGGCUGUGGCAAACUCGACAUCAGCAACCUUUUUACGUGUUGUUGGUAGUGAAUUAAUACAAAAAUACUUGGGAGAUGGUCCAAAACUUGUAAGGGAACUUUUCCGAGUUGCUGAUGAUCUUUCCCCAUCUAUUGUCUUCAUUGAUGAAAUUGAUGCCGUUGGUACAAAGAGGUAUGAUGCCCACUCAGGUGGAGAACGUGAAAUUCAGAGGACUAUGUUGGAGUUGCUGAACCAGUUAGAUGGUUUCGAUUCAAGAGGUGAUGUUAAAGUGAUUCUUGCAACCAACAGAAUUGAAAGCCUUGAUCCAGCCCUGCUGCGACCUGGUCGAAUUGACAGGAAGAUUGAAUUUCCUCUCCCUGAUAUCAAAACAAGAAGACGCAUUUUCCAGAUACAUACUUCAAGGAUGACAUUAGCUGAUGAUGUCAACUUAGAAGAAUUUGUUAUGACUAAGGAUGAGUUCUCUGGAGCUGAUAUAAAAGCAAUAUGUACUGAAGCUGGCUUACUUGCUUUACGAGAACGCCGGAUGAAGGUGACGCAUGCCGACUUCAAGAAGGCAAAGGAUAAGGUUAUGUUUAAGAAGAAAGAAGGGGUGCCAGAAGGACUGUAUAUGUGAAGCAUCUUCAUCAUUUACCCCGGCCUUCUUUCUUUAUUACAGUCUUUUUGUUGUUCUGUGAACGGAUGUUUGUAUUUUGAUUUGUGGUCGUUUAUGGGUCUACAUUAUCACGGGAUUUAAUCUCAACUAUAGUUACAUAGCUUUCUUUGAUUUAAAAAAAUCGGGAAAAUUUUCCUGCCAUUUCUUCAUUCUUCUUGAUAAUAUGCAUGUUUUCUCUGAGAUUAUGUUUGACUUGCUUUUCUUAGCUAUACAGAAAGACAAUCUUCUUGAUGGAUUAAUUAUGAAGGACAAUUGGAGAUUGAGAAACUGCACAAACUGCUUCUUGAUGGAUUACGUUUGCAGAACCUCUCAAACCUGUUCCAUUUAUCUUGUCCUUGUUCACUUGUGAUGUUUUGUGAAGUCACAUGUUGGAGCUGAUGAGGACCAUUGCUUGGUGAGGGCUGUGGUGGUUCAGGAAUAUUAUUAAUGUUGGUUUGUGAGGAUGAUGAUGUUUGUUGAGGUGAGGGUUGUGGAGGAGGAUCUAGUUGUACAAGUUCAAUAGUUAUGCUUUGUGCUUGUGAGGAAUUUUGUUGUCGUCUAUAUGUUGGCAAAGCCGUUUUUUCCUUA